AUGAAAGGACUCUGCAUGACAUAUAUGCUUCUAGCCGGAAUACAGCGCAUAUACGCUGGAAAAGUGGCAAGUUUAGAGGGUGUUUAUAAUGACGCGAAAUGCAUAGGAAAUAGCAUAGGGCUGCUACGAAAUGACAAUACAUGGGGAAUAUUCCCGUGCAAGGAGGGCCACUACUGCGUCUCUGCAAAUGGGAAAGUUCAGUGCGCGAAAGAGGCCGAUGACCACGUCAAAAUAAGCACUGUGACUAUAACACUGCCCCCGAAUGUGACUCCUUCAGUGACUGUUAAGCACCCCACCGCAGAACCUACCCGGACUGUGCCUGACCCUGAAAAAACAAGAAAAAGCGUAACUGUGGGUGAUGCUGCGCAUGAGAUUCUCGACUCUUUUGAUCCUAUGGUGCCUGGGAACAUGCAUAUUAAGCCCAGCGCAUCUGUCAUGCCAACUGAAGAUGCGAAUAUCACAGGAAAGGAGAGUACCACUGGAGGAGUCAUGCCCAGCCAAAUCCCCAGUGCAGGAAGUGCCUCCUCCGGCGGGAGUAUCUCUCCCUCUAGCGGAGGAAGCAGCGGUACUUCUUUCAAUGAAAGCUUCAUGGACAGUGCACAGAGCGGGAAUAUAGUCAUAGAGUACAAGGAUUCUGGCAUAGGAGAUAUUGACUUUAAAAUACCCACAGAGUUCAACAACUAUGCAGAAUUCCGGGGCUCUAGCUCGAACUCUGCGAAUCCUUCAAGCAGUUCAAGCAGUCCAAGCAGUCCAAGCAGUCCAAGCAGUCCUAGUUUAGCGAAUAGUUCAAACUCUUCUAGUGCUUCAAAUGGUUCAGCAAAUACUUCAAACUCUUCAAAUGGUUCCUCGAAUACUUCAAAUAGUUCUAGUGCUUCAAAUGGUUCCUCGAAUACUUCAAACUCUUCUAGUGCUUCGAAUACUUCAAAUGGUUCCUCGAAUACUUCAAACUCUUCGAAUGGUUUUAGUGCCUCAAACUCAAAAGACUCUUCUCCUGACAAGAGCACUCCUGCUGUGAACUUCAGCGACCCUGGAAGCGGCGUGGGCUCGGGAGUGCAAGCUCCAAGCUCCAGUGCCUCUGGCGGAGCUGCUGGCUCUGCACAAAGCGCGAUUUCACAGGCUGGAAGCACACUUUCCGUCCCUGCCAUAAGCAAUUCCGGCACUCCUGGAGCCAGCAAAACAGGCGCAAAACCUGCUGCAAAUUCAGGUUCCAGUUCAGGUUCCAGCGCAAGUGCCAGCAGCGGAUCUUCUGGAGGAGCCCCCAGCAAAAACAAGUCUUCACUAACAGCAGACCAGGUGAAGAGCACGUUGAGUGCGUGUGGAUAUGGAGGAGCCCCAAAGCAGGACUUUGUCGCUGAGUUGGUCUCUCAAAUAAACAAGCAGUCCUGGGACAACAACGAAAAAAGCAUGUUCUUAGCGCAAAUAUACCACGAGUCCGGCGGACUGACCCAACUCGUAGAGAAAGCCUGCGUGUCAACUCCGUGCACGAACUACGACAACGCAAACAAGGCAAACGGCACUGUUGUUGCGUCUCCUGGCAAGCACUACUUUGGAAGGGGAUAUAUCCAGCUGUCGUGGCCCUCAAACUACAAGGACGCCAGCAACUCCAUAUACAAGGACGACAGGCUGUACACAAACCCUGAUCAGGUUGCGAGUGACAAGUCGGUGGCAGCUGCUGUGAGCAUUUGGUACUGGAACGCCCGUGUGAUGACGUCAAAGUCUCCGCUGAGUAAUUUUGGAGAAACUACAAAGGCCAUAAACGGUGCGAUAGAGUGCGGAAAAGGCCCAAAUAGCGCGGCCAAGAACAGGUGGACAAACUACCAGAAAAUAGCAAAAGUGCUUGGGGUGACUAGCCUAGCAUCCGAAAAAGGGUGCUAUUAG